CCCCCCGAUGCCCCUGCCCCGGGGGCCCCCCGACCCCCCGAUGCCCAGCCCCGGGCCCCCCGACCCCCCGGCCCUGCCCGGGACCCCCCAUCCCCCGGCCCUGCCCGGGGCCUGCCGCAGCCCGCCGCGUGCCUCCCGCCAUCUCUUCCCUGAGGCGGGACCGUGCCGCGGGAUGAAGAGGUUUUUCGGGUUCGGGAGGAAGAAGAAGGGGCGGCCGGCAGCGUCCGGCAGCGCCGCCAAGCCCUUCCCCACCGGUGCCUACGAGCUCCGGCUGCAGGAGCUGGGCAAGCUGCACCGUGCGGCCGCCCGUGGCGACCUGGGUCAGGUGCGGCAGAGACUGAAGAAAUGCGGCAUCGACGAGCGGGACAUGGCGGAGCGGUAA